AUGUCGGGCUUUGAAGUGCAUCGCUACGAGCAACUGGCAGAAGAUCUCGGUUCCCAUCAGCUGCAGCGUCUGGUGGAGCUGCUGACACACCAGGAGUGUGAGGACCUGCUGGUCGCCCUCUCUCACCCGGAGGAGAACAUCUUCCAGCAUCUCGAGCGCCUCUCACCAGAGAAGAACCAGCUGGAUAUCAAACCGCGAUCCAAGAGAGACACGUCUUCCUCUGAUGAUAGCGAGGCUAAGUGCCAAGCGGCCCUGACGGCCUGGCUGCUGAGAUACGGCGAGCGGAUCUACUACGACAAGCUCUCCCGCGCCUUGAUGCACAUCGGCAGGACCGACAUCGCCAUUGAAGUGGGGACGAACGUCAACGAGGACAAAGACUCCAACCUGAAGCGCUACGUGGACGGCUACCACAAGUACGUGAGGUCGCUGGACGUCCCGUCGGUGCAGCCGGACGCAAAACGACCCCGGGCUGCGGGUCGCAAAAGAAAGAGAGCAGUGAAGGAUCUGUCGUGGAGGGACCUGGACCUGCUGGUGGAGGUGUCUCCUGUGCUUCCCUACCUGAAGGGCCCGUUGGACGUGCUCCUGCCCGUCCUGUACGGCGUCCUGCUGGGCUUCGGAGGCAGCCUGCUCGCCGGGGCCGCCAUCAUCCUCAUCUCCCUCCACGUCUCCCGCAGAGCCGCCGCCCCCCCCAACCCCCGGGUCACUGGCAGCUCUUACUCUUACUCCAAGCUCAGGGUCUGA